UUUGAUAUCCAAAAAGCAACGUCCACAAACAACACAAACAACAAACCAACAACAACAUUCUAAACCUGCCAAAUAAAAUCCAACGUCUCGCUGCCUAACCUUUCCCAACGUCCAUUCAUCACACUGGUAAAGAGGAGAGGUCGAAAACUUAGUCACCGGUACCCAAGCGGACACUCCACUUCCGACCAGGACAGCCUCUCAAGACCCAAUCAUUCACUUCCGUCUCCACAACCAGUUGCUUUCGGUACCGGUACCAGUAACAAUCCCUGUAAUCGGAGUGCUCUGUGCUAAGUAACUCUGAACCAAUCCUGGGCUGCUCCAGACUAGCUAGACUACCCGGGUACGUUUUGUCGUUCCGCCCGGAAGCCAGGUCCAUCCAAUCAGUAACACAUCAACAGAAUUGGGUCGAUCGAUCAGUGAAACAUUCAUUCAUUACAAUUGCAGUCUUCACACAAUUCACAAUUCACUUGUUUGCCUCAUUGAUUCACUUCAUUCGGCACCAAAAGCAACUCAUACAAUCUAGUCUAUACUCCAGAACGGAACCAAAACAAAACUGCAACAAUGGCCGCAUGGGACGAAGCAAAUUACUAUGCCAACUACGAUGACGACGGUGACUGGAUCGGCUUCCCGCCGGUAGCACCCUGGAAUGACUAUGGCGAUGAUGAGGACGACGACGACAGUGAAUCCGAUGAGAUUGAUAUUCAAGUUUCGCGUGAUGAAGAAGAAGAAGAGGAUGUUCAUCCAAACAGAAUCGUCAUCCAUUGUAAGAGAGUCGACAAGGACGAUGAUUCGGAAGAAGAAGAGGAGGAAGAAGAAGAGGAAGUCUCCUACCACCAGCUGCAACUAGGCGCGUUGCGACGCAAACUCUUUGUGAUUCCCCAAGAAACAGACACUGCAUUGGUGUCGUCCUCUGAGAUUGCCAGUCGCCACAAGGAAAAGAAGCGGCUGCGAAAAGAAGAUUUGAUCCAAACCAUGGGCCCCCAUUUGAUCCGAGAUUUGGAAACGGAGUUCUAUUUGGCGGCGCAGGUCAAGGAUGACUGCAAUGACGACGACGACGAUGAUUUGGCAGUAGUACAUGUAGUAGUGCCCGUCAUGAAAAAGACAACAACAACAAAAGUGGUCAAAGCCACCAAAAAAGCCAAAACAACAACCAAAGUCAAGCCAACCAGAGGAGGACGACGCCGACAGCCCCGACGGGUGUCUGUUGGAAAGUAAACAAAUGGCUGCGGGGUGCCCAUGAAUGAUGAAUCUUCGUCAAUCAGUGCUUCAGCUAACCUCCAACAGCAUAGCAGCAAACUACCAGCUGUUUCUUCCUUUUCCUGAUCAUGUACUUUAUAUUGUCAAGGUACAGUACAGUACAAUAAGCAAUAACCAAUAGCAACUUCUACUAGCUAGUUUACGAG